AUGUGCAUCGUCCUCGCCACCACCGCCCACCCCUCCUACGCACUCAUCAUCCUCGACAACCGCGACGAGUUCAUCCUCCGCCCCACCAGCCGCCCACACUGGUGGACCACCCCCACCACGUCCCAGGAGAUCCUCUCCGCGCGCGACCUCCAGCGCGAAGAGCAAGGCACCUGGCUGGGCAUCACUAAGACCGGCAACUUCGCCGUGCUCACAAACUACCGCGAGACGGACACUAGCGAUGCCGCGCUGCACCCCGUCCAGGGCACAAGGAGCAGAGGGGGCAUGGUGACGGCUUGGCUCACGGCUGGUGAGGAGGAGACUACGCAGGAGUUCGUGCAGCGUAUGAUGGCGGGGGAUGGUGUCAAGGGCGUGGGGGGCUUCUCCCUUCUGUGCGGAAAGUUGAGGUUGAGAAGGAGGAAGGAGGUGGAGCGGGAAAGGGAAAGGGAAAGGGAUCUGGAACCGCUGGCUAUCAUCUCUAAUCGCUGCGAGACGCUGGGUCAUGUACCGUGGAUAGCAGGGAGGAGAGGCGAGGUCUACGGGCUCAGCAAUACGUCUUUCGACGAUCUUGAUGUCUGGCCCAAAGUCGAGAUAGGGCGUAAGAAGGUCCUGCAGGCUGUGCAGGAGGCCGUAGGGGAGGAGGAUCUGGUGAAUAGGUUGUUCGAGGUGCUGGAUACGAAUACGCUCCCUAAACAGGAGGGGAAGGAGUUUGAGGCGUAUCUGUAUGAGCUGCGGAAGUCGAUAUUUAUCCCUUCUAUAGGGUCUGUUGCGCCGGUUAAGGACCCGCCGAAUCUGAAUCCGAACGUGACGACAGGGAUUUAUGGAACGCAGAGACAGACUAUUGUUAUUGUGGAUUGGGAGGGGAAGGUUACGUUUAGAGAGAGGAGUCUUUGGGAUGUGAUGGGGAAUCCGAUAGAGAGGGGAAAGGGGGAUAUGAAGUUUGAAUUUAAUAUUGAGGGCUGGAAUAACGAAAGUAAGGGGAAUGAUGUCUAUCCUCAUGCUGUUCUAUAG